GGCACCUUGGCCACCGGGCUCGAGCAGCCAAUUCUUCAAUGCUCGAUCGAAGCCGUGUCUAUUUUUGAAUAUAAGUAGCGGUUAGGGCGUCUCUACGAGGGCUAAAAGCAGCUCUUGGCGCACGGGGCUGCAUUUCGCGAGCUCGACAUGCGGACAGGUCACCCCAGAGCAUACAACAACAUGUCUUAGCAUAGAGAUACCAUUUGAGGUUAUCUGGACCGGUUUGGGCUGUGGGCGGAGGGAUAUGUGGGCACGCUCCUGAGUACCCUGGUGGCUGGUCCCCAGACCUGUCCUUGUCGACCUUCAGGUUCCCAUCAAACAACCCGCAUCAAACAUCCUUCCUCUGCUUAAUGUAUUUCUGAUUUAGUGACCAGCGCCCUUAGGCGAAUGUUGCGCCACAUGGAACGGCGGGAGCGGGACUUUGCCGCCUCAAAACGUUUCGGGAUGUGCCAGCGCGACGUGCUGUACGCGACCCGAUUAAAUUUGCAAUUAUAACGCAAUAGUGCACGGUGAGCUGCUGGAAUGGGAGCACAAUCGAACAUCCUUCAGAGCCUUCUUUAACUAUCAUACGGCCGCUCAGUCGCACUGCUGCACGGCAUCUUGUCGCAAAAACACUUACCAUCGGAAAAGGAAGGGAACCAGUGUCGGACGCGCGAUGUCCCUACGAACCCGAAAUUCCGGAUCCAGGAUGGCACAACCGCCACAACCGAGAGUGCACAAAUAGCAGCGCUCAGAGGACAGGGCUCUCUCAACUUAUUCAAGUUCAGAUUCUAUCUUUACUCAAAAUGGCGUAUUCCCGUCUUGUGCUGGCGCUCAGCGCGCUGGCGCUUGCCGGCGUGGUUGUCAACGCCGACGUGCAGCUGCACGCGGACGAUGACGACGCCUGGCUUCGUAAGGACUUUCGCCGCAACAUGAUUGCUGAGGCCGGCAAUGCGGCGUAUAAGCACGAGACUGUGCACUGCGACCCCAAAGCUGUGGGCAGCGUGGCUGGCUGCUUUGAUCAGAAUAUCCCCGCCGUCGGCAACAUCGACUACAAGUUCGGUGCCCCGCAGGUUUCCUACCCCACCGAUGGCAGCCCCUGGGGCGUGCACCUGACCGGCCCCUACCCCGAUGGCCGCACCUACCUCGUCUCCUGGUACGUGGGCGCUCCCACCAUCGGCGCCUCUGUCAUGCGGCCUGACGUGUGCGGCCUGAAGACCUACGCCGCGGUGCGCAAGGCUGGAGCCAAGGGCUGGACCAAGCACACUGGAUCGGUGGUCAACUACCUGCGUGCCUACACCGACCCUGCCCUGGUCAACGGCACCUACCUGUCGCCCCAGAUCCACCACGUCGUCCUGCCCCACCUGGACCCCAACACCUUCUACUACUACCAGGUUGCUGACAUGAACGGCCAACUGAUGGGCGAGUACCGCUUCAAGACCCUGCCGGGCCCUGGCAGCAAGUCCGUCUACCCCCUGCGCGUCGGCCUGAUCGCCGAUGUUGGCCAGACUGUCAACUCUAGCGACACGCGCGAUCACCUGAUGGCCAACAAGCCCCAGGUGGUGAUCUUGGUGGGAGACAACAGCUACGCCGAUAACUACGGCGCCCUGAGCCCCGAUGAUCUUGACGGUUCUGGCACCAACCAGCAGCGCUGGGACACCUACCAGCAGCUGUGGCAGCCGCUGUUCUCGACCGUGCCCAUCCUCAACUGCGCUGCCAACCACGAGCUGGAGACCGAGGGCAUCCCCGCCGUGAUCAACAACACCACCACCAGCUUCUCCUUCCCCACCAACUACCCCUUCCAGUCCUACUCGGCUCGCUUCCCCGUGCCCGGCACCACCUCCAACUUCGGCGACAUCACCCAGAACCUGUACUACUCCACUAUCAUCGCCGGCAAGGUCAAGCUGAUCACCAUGAACAACUACGUGCCGUUUCACAAGGGCACCCCUCAGUACCAGUGGGCCAUGAAGGAGUUCGCCUCCGUGGACCGCAAGAUGACCCCUUGGCUGUUCGUGCAGUUCCACGCGCCUCCCUACCACACCUACUUCACCCACUACAAGGAGAUGGAUUGCUUCAUGUCCAUCUGGGAGGACGUGUUCUACGAGUACGGCGUUGACCUGGUCUUCAACGGCCACGUGCACGCCUACGAGCGCACCCACCCCAUGUACAAGUACAAGCCCGACAGCUGCGGUCCCAUCUACAUCACCAUCGGCGACGGCGGCAACGUGGAGGGCCCCUACCGCAACUUUGUCGAUGAGAUCAACCCCAACAACAACAAGACCUACUGCGAGGCUCUGCAGACCGGUGGCAAGAGCCCGGUGGCCCUGGCGGCCUCCAACCCCUCCGGCUGGGGCCCCGGCUACCAGCGCCAGGCCCACGCGCCCGGCUGCCCCACCGUCACCUUCCAGCCCGCCACCUCCGUGGACAACGGCAUCCUGGUCCCCUCCAACAUGACCGCCGCCGGCCAGCCCGCCAUGGGCUUCUGCCAGAACAGCCAGCCCACCUGGAGCGCACACCGCGACCCCAGCUUCGGCCAUGCCAUCCUGGAGCUCCAGUCGGACUCGGUGGCACGCUUCAGCUGGUACAAGAACCUGGAGGGCAACGCGGUGUCUAUGGAUGAUGUGGUUCUUGAGCGCCUGGGCGCGUGCGCCUCGCGCAUGCCCAGCUCAGAGAUGAUGAUGGGCCGUCGCAUGAUGUCGGCGUAAGCAACCAGCAAGCAGUCGUUCAAGCGUUCUGCGUGAUGACCAGACUGAUGUGUAUUGGCGUCUGAGCUGAUGCAGUUUUGAGGAAUCACGUACAAACUUGUCAAUCGGGACCAGUAAGGACACGCUCCCGCACGUGCCGUUAUGCCGUAUGUACAUACCGAUAGACGUAGGGUGCUGUUUGCUUGGGGCGUGCGGUUUAUUGCUAUCUUUGUGGGUCACACGCGAAUCCGGACACAGUAGGCAGUGGGCGAGUAAGCGCGCUUCAGCCCUUCGUCACGGCACUUUCUGUGGUUGCUGUUGCGCGUGCUUGCUUACUUGCUGGGAUUUUUUUGAGCUGAGCCGGCUAGCAGCGAGCCAGUGACACUGCCGCGUAAUCCGGUGAUCCUGACGUUCAGCCAAGUAACACAUGUGUGUGCAUGUCAACACCAGCUGAGGGGUGCAGGGAUCUA